CCCCUUCGCUUCCCCCCCCCCGUGCUCCGGCGCCGCUUCCGGGUGAUCGGCGCGGCUCUUCCGGCGGGGCUGGGCCAUGCUGGCGGCAGCGGCGGGGCCCGCUCCGGGCGGCGCGGAGCAGCCCGGCGGAGACCGCUUCAGCGUCCUGUCCUGGGAGCAGGUGCAGCGGCUGGACCAGAUCCUGGGCGAGGCCGUGCCCAUCCACGGCCGCGGCAACUUCCCCACGCUGUCGGUGCGACCCCGCACCAUCGUGCAGGUUGUCCGUAGUCGCCUGGAGAAGAAAGGAAUUGCAGUCCAUAACGUCAGGUUGAAUGGUUCAGCAGCUAGUCACGUUCUACAUCAAGACAGUGGCUUGGGGUACAAAGACCUGGAUCUCAUCUUUGGCGUGGAUCUGAAGACCGAAGACGUCUUCCAGCUUGUUAAAGAUGUGGUCAUGGACUGCCUGCUUGACUUCCUCCCCGAAGGUGUCAACAAAGACAAGAUCACACCCAUGACGCUGAAGGAGGCGUACGUGCAGAAGCUGGUGAAGGUGUGCAAUGAGACCGACCGCUGGAGCCUCAUAUCCCUCUCCAACAACAGCGGCAAGAACGUGGAGCUCAAGUUUGUGGACUCCCUCAGGCGGCAGUUCGAGUUCAGCGUGGAUUCCUUCCAGAUCAUCCUGGAUUCGCUUCUGCUCUUCGGAGAGUGCUCGGAGAACCCCAUGGCCGAGAACUUCCACCCAACGGUCACUGGGGAGAGCAUGUACGGGGACUUUGAGGAGGCAAUGGACCAUCUCCGGAACAGGGUCAUCGCCACGAGGAACCCAGAGGAGAUCAGAGGUGGGGGGCUUCUGAAAUACUGCAACCUCUUGGUGAGGGGAUUUAAGCCCAAAUCAGAAGUGGAUAUGAAGGCGCUCCAGAGAUACAUGUGCUCCAGGUUUUUCAUAGACUUCUCUGACAUCAGUGAGCAGCAGAGGAAGCUAGAGUGCUACCUUCAGAGCCACUUUGUGGGGAUGGAGAACAAACGAUAUGACUAUUUGAUGACCCUCCACAGGGUGGUCAAUGAAAGCACAGUCUGUCUUAUGGGACACGAAAGGAGACAGACCCUGAACCUCAUUGCCAUGCUGGCUGUGAGAGUCCUGGCUGAGCAGAACAUCAUCCCCACGGUCACAAACGUUACCUGCUACUACCAGCCAGCCCCUUACGUCAGUGAAAUAAACUUCAACUACUAUGUCACCCACGUGCAGCCCUUCCUGCCUUGCAAUCAGUCUUACCCAACAUGGCUUCCCUGUAACUGAGCCAGAACAGACUUCAGGGUCUUUCCUCCAAGGUAAUCCCAUACCUUGGGGGGAAUGGGGAGGGUGGGGGCAAGAAAAAGAGACAAAGCAACCAACCUUCCUAGAACUGCAAUGAAAAGAAGCUUCCUGGACUCGAGUGCCUCGUUCCUGGGUUUGUUGGAAUGAGGCCUGUACACUGUGAUGGGAAGUGCAGUGCUAUGGAAACCAGAUGACCUGGACGUUUACAGGAAGACUCAAUUGCUUAUUGAAUUGUGGAGGUCAUGGGGGUGGGUGGGGGUGUGUGUGAGGGGAGAUUGUAGAAUUACACUAAGGUAGAGCUGCACUGCCCUGGAAUGGCUCUGAACGGGGCUGGUUUUUAGUGUGGGAGGUGUUAGGGGUGUGCAGACUUGUGGCUUCUGAAGUUAGGAGCCAGAGUGGCGAAUUCCUUUGAAGGACCAAAGAAUCCUGUUUAAGUGCCUGUAACCAUACAAACACAACUGUACUGUAAACCUCUGCAGGGGCUGACAUCCCAGGAGCUCAAGUGGGGGUAUCUGAAGAGGCAAAUGUUUCUGCUGGGGAGGGAGGGGGGGGUCAUAAGAUCAUUUCUAGUAACCUUGCUGAAGCAUGACUGGGGCUGCAGGUUACGUGUUGCUGAGGUUUUCUGGCAUGGCUUCUGCCUGUGAAGGGCCAGCUGGAGCAAAGAGCUCUCCAAGUGGAGUUGUAUUAACAGGGGUGGGCUUGGAUUCCAUGUAAAUGCCAAAAUAGAAGUGGGGUAGGGGGCGUGCAUGGUGGGCAAUGCUGUGCAGAGCUGUCUGGAGAGGAGGCAGCAGGAAGAUACAUACAGGAAUUUACUUCAAGUCUGCAGUGCCAAAGUGUAAUCAUGUACAGGAACGAUGAGGCAGAUCUGUCCAGGAGCCUGCCCCGGGCUCCUCUACCUAAUCCUGUGUUUUGUAGGAGAAUUUGAAAUGCUGCUGAUUUUUCUUGGUUUUUGGCGUGCAGUGUGGUGUUAAUGUACAAAGCCAGAGACCAGCUGGGUUAUCUGGAGAGAUGAGGCUUGUCCUUUGAAGCACAAACAAACUUGUUCACUAGUCAGGUAUCUCCAGCUGUUGCUGUGUUGGGGGCUGAAGCCAGUGGUGUUCUAGGAGAUAGGCAGACCUCUUCCAGCGUCCUGUGGUGGGGAUCUUCCCUCUGCCAGGGCCUAUCUCCAGAAGCAGACGAUUUCCAGCAAUGUGAUUCCACAUGUGAGCUACUGAUAGCAUUUGAAAUUCAUUCCCUAGCUAGAAAUGGAGCUUGGGGGGGUGGGUGAGCAUGCAAAGGUCAGUUGGCCUUAGGGGAAAAAGUAUGUCUUAACAAACCCUCUUGUGUGUUCAGGGUUUGGCUCUCUCAGCCAAAUGUGGCUUUGAAGUAGUCAGGUGUCUGGAGCAUCAGUCUUUCACUGCAGUGCCUGCAUUGCCGUGCCCAUUCUCUGGAAUCAUCAUCUCGGCUUUAACUAUGCAUGGAGUGAGAGGUGGGCCAGCAAAGCAGGUGCUCCCUAGAGAUGCUGCUCUGGGAACACUGUGACUCCAUGGUGCUUCCUCCGAGGUAUUUGAGUAUCUUUAUCUUGGGGUUUGUUUUGUUGUGACACAACUGUACUAGCUGGGCAGAUUGAACGCUCUAAUAAAGACUAGAUCCUUGGAAUGUCUAUAGCCAGAUUGCUACCUUCUUUGGGGAUUGGGCAUAAGGGGUUGGGGGGAGCGAUAUGGGGGCUCUUGCACUUACCAUGAACUAACGUGUUUGAAAUUGGUCCAGCUUUGCUUCCGAUUCAGUUAGAGCUGAAGAAGUGUCACUAACAUUGUUGUUAUUAUAUGUUUAACUGCCUUCCCGUGGAACAGCUUUGCCUUCAUGGGCCAGGCUGGUGUGUGGGCUGUGCCACAGCCCAGGAACUUCUCAGUGCCCAGAGCCUGGUCCCUGUGGUGGGAGCUUGAGCUUUGUCCAGUGCGAGGUAAAACUGGUUUAAGGGCUGCUUUUGAGAUCCAAAGGAUGCAGCCUUCACAGCUGCAAGGGGAGAUAGCUUUUGCUUUCAUUUGAAAUCUCAGUUGAACUUGUAGCAUGCUUAUUUUUUACAGGCUGCUUUACCUGCAGGCACAUGGACACACUGAACAGAUUCCCUCCUUCCCUUUCAGAUGUCAGAAAGGUUCCCUAAAGGGCAACUUAUGUUGAGAUUGCACUUUUGAUUUACAGCGUGUGUGUGGUGGGACUCCUGUGAGUGGGUUGAACCUGAGUUUUUUCUAGACCUUGCAGUGAUCCUGUGCUGCCUCCCGCGAGGGGGCAAGUGGAAGAUUCCAGUAACUUGAAUGAUGCUUGGGUUUUGUUUUAAAUGUCUUUUCCCCUACACCUGUAUCACUUGUCAUGCGAUGGGCUUGACAUAAACUCACUAGAUUCUUUAGAAUCUGUUGCAAAUAAAUACAGUGUAUUCAAA